AUGACCAAGAUCCUGGGCAUUGACUUUGCGCCGGUGUUUGUCCCCUUGCAUCGGCGUUUGGAAACGCUGGCUGUUUUGCACUUCGUUUUCAUCUUCUUUAGUCCCUACUUCACGUACGUCCUUGCAUUCUAUCUACUGUUCUACACUCGUUUCUGGUGGCUGCCGCUUCUGUACCUCGGCUGGUUUUAUGUAGACAAAGAUUACCUGGCCGACUUUUUCCCUAUCCGAUUAGUGAAGACGGCCGAGCUGGACCCGAACCGCAACUACAUAUUCGGCUACCACCCGCAUGGCAUCAUGGGUUUCGGUGCAUUCGUCAACUUCGCCACCGAAGCAACCGGCUUCAGCAGCAAGUUCCCGGGCAUCACCUCUCGUCUGUGCACUUUGGUUGGCCAGUUUUGGUUCCCUCUUCGACGCGAGUACAUCAUAUCGGCCGGUACGAAAAGAAUUCGAAGCAGGGAAAGCAUCAAAUGGAUAUUACAGAGGCCGGUCCCCGGACAGGCCGUAGUGAUUGUCAUCGGCGGCGCCAUCGAAGCUUUGAAUGCGCAUCCGGGCAGCCAUACGGUGGUGCUGAGCAACCGUCACGGCUUCGUUCGCGCUGCGCUUGUUUACGGGGCCGAUCUUGUGCCCGUCUUCUGUUUCGGGGAGAAUGACGUCUAUUUUCAGUACAGAAAUCCGGAAGGCUCGUUUCUUCGCUAUCUUCAGUUUUUUGGCUGGUCUCCCCCGAUCAUAUUUGGACGAGCAGCUUUGCGUUGUGUAUUGGUUAAUUGUGCUAUUUCAGUCGGUAAACCUAUUCGCGUCAACCAGUGCUUCAAUCCCACCGAAGAGCAAAUA